CCGCCGUCACCACCGCGUCGCGGCAGACGAUCACGCAGUUUAGUUGAUCGGCCGGUUCCCAACCGUCAUUCAUGCAGACGUCGCUUACGUGCGCGAGCCGGUUCAAAAAAAAAAAAAUUUCACGUUUAUGUUAUGUUGAUGGAAAUAAUAAGUUUUGAUUUUAUUUUUACUUUUAAAUUCCGUACGUGUAUGUUAGUCCGCUGUUAAGUUUUUUUCUUUAAUUAUUUUUUUUUGAUUUUCCUCGUAAUAUAAGAACAAAAAAAAAAAAAAUGAAAUAAAAAAUGUUCGAGUGAAACAAAAACGAAUGGAAAAAACUGGAAAUUUUCAUUAAUAACAAAAUCGUCACGACAGCACGCGCGCGUGUGCAACAUUUGUAGUGUUGUUAUAUUUUGUUAAUUAUCAAAUAAUUUUUCCCCGCUCGUUUGUUUGUUCGUUUUAUUAUUAUUAUUAUAUUUUUAUUUUAUUUUAUAAGUGUUAAAAGUGUUAUUAUUAUUAUUAUUACGUUUUUUUUUUUUUUUAUCAUUCGUUGAAGACUCGCAAGUGCGUUCGUUUUCGAUCGGUGAGAAAAAAAAAAUUCUACACACAGAGCAGAAUAAUAAGAAUAACACGCGCGCACGCUGUACAACCACACAGGACUUUGGUGAAUGGAAUUGAGACGACCGAAUCGCUGUAAUUUGUUGAACAGUGUCGAAGAUUUAAACCCGUUGGAUUAAAUGAUGGCUUCUCCUACGCCGUCUCUAGAUUCGUUAUCCGGAUUCAACACAUUCGGCCCGGACUAUAAUAGAUCGUUGUCAUCCAGCCACUCACCAACCGACUCAGAUAGCAGCGGCUCGGGCGUGUCCACAGGUGGCAGUGGAACUAGCAACAACACUGGUCCCCGCAAAUGCCAGUUGUGCCAUGAGAUAUUCUCAAACCCUCGAGUGCUUCCUUGUCUACAUACGUUCUGUCACGCCUGCUUAGAGAAUAACCAGGAUCAACCGGAGAAGAUCACGUGUCCUAACUGUCACCAGGAGUGCAUCCUAACAAACCGCGGAAUAUCCGGACUGUUGCCCGACUUCACUGUUAACGGUUCGAUCGAGGUCAACCCGGACAAGUUUGCGGGCGUGUGCAAGGGCUGCAAGAAUCUCAACACAAACGUGGUGGCAUACUGUUACGACUGUCAGCAAACGUUGUGCGCAAACUGCAUGAUGGCCCACCAGUUCAUGAACUGUUUCGAAGACCACCGUCUGCACGGUCUGACGUUCGAGAACGGCGACGACACGAAGAAUGCGUUCAUACCGACCAGCGUGGGUGACCGCGUCGUGUUCUGCUCACGUCACAAGAACGAGUCACUGAAGUAUUUUUGCCGCACGUGCAACGUGCCCGUGUGCAAGGAGUGCACGCUCAGUGACCAUCAGUUCAGCAUGCAUGACGUGGAGCACUUGAGUGACAUUGGCGUCAAGCUUCUGGACAUACUCAAUGGCACAGUGCAGGAGAGCAAGGUUAAGGCGACCGACAUCCGCAAUAUGGUUAAGAACAUUGAACACACAUCCAACAAGCUGCAAGUGCAGUACCACAAGGCACAAAACGAGAUCAACGAGACAUUCGCAUUUUACCGGUCCAUGCUCGAGGAGCGCAAACAGGAGCUGCUCAAGGAGGUGGAGAGCGUGUACAGCGCCAAGCAGCUGACGCUGAACGAGGCGUCGCAGAAGGGAUUGGAGGUAGUGGAUAAGAUCUAUCAGACCGGCGAGUUCGUCGACCGUCUGACUAAAAACGCCAACGUUGUCGAGUGCCUGCUGUUCAAGAAACUGCUGGACUCCAAGCUUCAGUCGCUGAUGAGUUACGAACCUGAUAACAGCGUGCAGAAUAUUUGUGACCUGGAAUUUGUGUCUAACUACCAGGCCAUACAAGUUGGCGUGAGGAACACGUUCGGGUACGUACGGUCCAGCACCGAGUUGGGAGUGAUCGGGCCGGGCAAGCAGCCGCCGAUCGCCCGCCCAACAAACGGGUCGCUGAUGAACGGAAAUUCGGCGAUCAUCUCCAACGGAUGCAUGAACGGCGGUGGCGUCCCCGCGGACCUGCUACAACAGCACAAUGGUGUCACCUGCUCAAACGGAGGAGGCGGUAACGGUGGAGGAAUCAUCGAACGUCCGUACUCCAACGGACUGACGUCCACCAGCCCACUUUCGUCCGGCCAGUACGACACUAACAACAUACUAUCCAAGCGGUUCAACAGCGUCAACAGCCUGGGACCGUUCUCGGCCAGCUCGAUCGGUGACCUGAAUUUGAACGCCAUCGGAAACAUGAACGGCAUCAAUGGCAUGGGUGGUGGCAACGGUGGUGGUGGUGGUGGUGGCGGCGGCGGUGGAGGUAUGAACAGCAUCAAUCCGUACGAGAAGUGGUCCAACGGCGGAAGUGGUGACAUUUUCCAGAACGGCAGCGCAGACUUCCCAUUGACCAUCGACAACAAUGACUCCAUACUGGACCUAUCCAGCAAAUUAUUCACCGCGUCCAUAUUCCCGCCAAAGUCGCAGAUCAAGCGGCACAAGAUGAUCUACCACUGCAAGUUCGGCGAGUUCGGUGCCAUGGAGGGCCAGUUCACCGAGCCCAGUGGCGUGGCAGUGAACGCGCAGAACGACAUCAUCGUGGCGGACACCAACAACCACCGUAUCCAGAUAUUCGACAAGGAGGGCCGGUUCAAGUUCCAGUUCGGCGAGUGCGGCAAACGGGACGGGCAGCUGCUGUACCCGAACCGUGUGGCCGUGGUCAAGCCGUCCGGUGAUAUAAUCGUCACCGAGCGAUCGCCCACGCACCAGAUCCAGAUCUACAACCAGUACGGGCAGUUCGUCCGCAAGUUCGGCGCCAACAUUCUGCAGCACCCACGCGGCAUCACCGUCGACAACAAGGGCCGCAUCGUGGUGGUCGAGUGCAAGGUGAUGCGCGUCAUCAUCUUUGACCAAGCUGGCAACGUGCUGGUCAAGUUCGGGUGCUCCAAGCACCUAGAGUUCCCCAACGGCGUGGUGGUCAAUGACAAACAGGAGAUAUUUAUAUCCGACAACAGGGCCCACUGCGUCAAGGUGUUCAACUACGAGGGGCAGUACCUGCGGCAGAUCGGCAGCCAGGGCAUCACCAACUAUCCAAUCGGCGUGGGCAUAAACGCCUCGGGCGAGAUACUCAUCGCCGACAACCACAACAAUUUCAAUCUGACCAUAUUCACGCAGGAGGGCCAGCUGGUGUCCGCCCUCGAGUCCAAGGUCAAGCACGCGCAGUGCUUCGACGUCGCCCUCAUGGACGACGGCUCCGUCGUGCUGGCCAGCAAGGACUAUCGGCUGUACAUCUACCGUUACAUUCAAAUACCUCCGAUGUUAAUGUAGAUCUCAUUAUUAAGCAUUCCUAAAAAUUAAAUCGUGUCGCCAUGAAAAAAAAUUAAUGUCAACGGUAUUUUUUUUUUUUUUCAAAGAAAAUAAUCUGUUGACAUUUUUUUUUCUUCUCCACCCACCCAAAAACAAGUUGUUCGCUCUCUUUGUGUCCACUGCUCAUCACACAUUAUUUUGUUAUGCAAAAAAAAAAAAAUGUCGCAGGUUUGUGCGCGUUUAUUAUAUACAUUACAUAUACAUACAUUUAUUAUCAUUAUGUCCUGAGCGUUUAAUGCCUGUCAGGAGUACAGUUACAUAAUUAUGUUUUUAUUAAUUGAGUAAAUUAUUAUUGUUUCAUUUUAGCAAAUUCACAGUGUAAACCUGUUACAUUUUGAGUACUUAAAACCCACAAAAAAAUAUAUGUCAGUUAAAAAAAAAAAAACAAAAAAAAAACCAUCUACAGUACACGUUUGUUUUAUUAUGAUUUUUUUUUUUUGUGUUUUUUACCUCUAACUUUUAACGUUUUUAAUAUUUUAACUUCGCGGGGUUUUUAUUCUUUGGAUGUUUUUUUUAAAUACAUAUUUUAUUGUAACCAGAGGUUAGAUUGAAAUUCUGAGACUUGUAAUUUGUAACUUAAGGACUGUUAUUUUGUAUUAUUAUUAUGUGAAUUAAUUAUUAUUAUACAUAACUUUUAAAAAGUAGUAGAUGAAAAAAAAAUAAUUAGGCUAGCGAGUGUCUUUGUCCUCUUUAGUGCGCGAAACUUACUUAUUUUUGUUAUUAUUUUUGUAUUCAUUAAAAUGUACUGAAAUCCCAGGAUAGUUUUCUUACCAACAUGCCUUUAAACUAAAUUAAUUUUAAUUUUGUUUAAUUGUUUUAAUUUUAAUAUUUUUGUUAUUACAUCAAAGUAUCUGCUCUGAUUUGUUGAAUCGUUCCUUUCCAUGGGACUUUGCUAGUCAAAUUUCGGAUUCCGAGUCUCCUAUUUUUUUUUUCGCCACUUAAUGUACGGAUACUCGCACCAUAUUUUUUUAACCUGUAUUAUUUGAGAAAAAAUACCUACCUAAAAAUAUAUUAUUUAAG